AUGGUCCCACGGUGCUGGCCGCCUGUUUCCGUGACCGUGACGCACUUUUCCGUCACGCGCGCCACACCCCUCGAGAGCGCCCGUCGAGGGCUAUCCGUGUCACGUGGAAAAGUGAAAAACGGACGAAAACUGACCGAGCUGCGCGGGCCGCGAGGAAUUGGCCCGAAAUUUAAAUCCCAGGAAAUUCGAAUAUCUUGCGGGGCGCCCGCCAGCCCGCGCCCGCCCUGCCAGCUGCCCAUCCGCACGUGCCUGCCCAUCCGCGGGUGCUGCUCUUCUCUUUGCCCAUCCGUGCACGUCACCUGGUCUGUGCGCGCUGGGGCGCCCGCGACAGCACCGCCACCUCCGUGCAAUGCCCUGCACUGGUACGUGCCUGCCCUCCCCUCCCUGCUCGUCACUCGGUCCGUGCGCAUGCCCUGCCCGUUUCCCGCCCGCCGGCCCUUCCUCGGACAAUCUCACCCGCUGUGCUGUGCCCGCCUCGCCCCUUGCGCCACCCCUCUGUCCCGUCGAGCUCAGCCCCUCCCUCUGUGCUCGUUCCGUUCCGUCCCGUGCCACUCGCCCCUUUCCGCCCCGCCGUCUGCCCUGCCUGCCUGCCCUUUACGCCCACCAGCCCCACGGCCUUUGGUGCUUUCUGCCCGCCACGCCCCGUGUCUGCUGCCCUCCCCGCCCCUUGUGCAAUGCCCUACGUCAUCCCUCAUCCCUGCUGCACCCCUCCCACACGCAUACACCCACUACUCUCGGUCUGCCUGCCCAUCCCUCGAGCUCAUUCCGUCCCGUCCCGUGCCACUCGCCCCUUUUUGCCCUGCCACCCUGCCCGCUGUGUCAGCCUUUUCUGCCUGUCAUCCCCUGCUUGUGCUGCCCACGCCGCCCUCCCCACUCACACCGUCUGCCCCCUUCCUUGCAUCCGGCCUACGCCAUCCCUCGCCCCUCCCUAACCCUCACCCUGAGCCUACCACGCCCACCCUUAUGCUGCUGUUCACUGCCUACGCGCUCCCCUCAGCUGUCACUGCCUAUGCGCUUCGCCCCUCCUGUGACCCUUCCAUGAUGCGCGUGCGUCCGCUCUACUACGCCCACUCUCCCUUGCCCUCCGCGGUCACGCUCGCCCUCUGUAUGUACUUGGUGCGUCCUCUCAUACCAACCGCAUACAUCCACCCUCCCUCACGUACAACUGAUGCUCUCCCUUCCCCUCCUAUCCUAAAGCUGUCCCUCCGUGUCGCCGACUGCCGUGGGAGUAUAUUCCCAUAG